AUGGCCAUUCCAGCUGUGCCCACUUUCAUGUGUUCAAAUGGUGGUGGCUUCCAAAAUGGUAUCUGUUUGCCUAGUUCCUGCCGGAGCAGAACGUGGCAAUUGGUCACAUGCCAAGAAAACCGUCAGCCAUCCAACAGUGCCCCAACUGGCUGUGAACCUGCUUCUUGCCAACCUACCUGCCUUCCAGCAACUUCUUGCGUUGGUUUUGUCUGCCAACCCAUUUGCUCCUGCACAGCAUGCUAUGAAUCUGGCACUGGUCAGUCUGCUUGUCUGGUUAGCUCAUGCCAACCCUCCUGCUCGGAAUCUACCAGUUGUCAGGCAAAUUGCUGUGAAUCCAGCCUCGACCAGCAAAGCUCCUGCCAAGAACCUGUCUUUGUAUCCGGAUCAUGUCAGGCAGCGUGUGGCCAAUCGAUCUGCUGUGACACUAGGUCCUGCCAGCCAUCCUGCUCUGAGGUAACUUCCUGUAUCAAAAAUUCUUGCCCACCAACCAUCUGUGCAGCUAGUCCAUGCCAGCCAACUUGCCGCCAACCAGGUCCAUGUCAGCCCAUUAAUGGUGAAGAUCAGCUCUGCAAAUCAACUUAUUAUCAACCCAUCUGCUACAUUUUCAAGACUUGCCAAUUGGUUCCCUGUCAGCCAUCAACUUCUGUGUUCAGUUCUUGCAAUCCUACAUGCUGUGUGUCCUGCCCUUGCCAGCCACUUCACUGCCAACCAGCACCUUCCAUAUCCUUCAUCUGCCAGCCAGUGGCUAACUGCCAGCUCCCAUGUUUUGUAAAGAACCCUUGCAAACGAGUUUCCUGUGGCACAGUGCUUUCUGGCCAACCAACUUGUGAUGGAUCCACUUCCUGCAACCAAGGUGGCCACGAAUCCCCUUCCUGCCAACCAGCUUGCUGUGUGACAGGUUUAGGCAAAUCAUUCAGCAGUGGCUGCAAUUGCUUUCAACCAACUGCCCCAAGUCUCUGCAAAACCAGCACCUGCUCGCCAACUUCCUGA